UCGAAGACACAUACGCCUGCUGGUGGUAUUAUAUGAACUGGGAGUCAAGCUAUCAGCUUAUUUCGAGUGCCUGAGCGGUUCGUUGUUUAAGCGGGAAUACUUUUCGGAAUGGCGCGUCAGGAAUCCAUUCUCUCGGUUGCCAAUAGGACCGCGUUCCUGCUCUUCAUCUGCGUUUCCGCGGUGCGGAUAGCAAGUGGAAGCCUUUACAAAGACGCGGUGAACAUUGAGGAGGUAACUUCGUCAGACUUUUACGAUGUAUUGACAGGGAAAGACCACGUAUGGGUGAUCAAUUAUUACAAGUCCUGGUGUGGCCACUGUCAACGUUACGCCCCGAUCUUCGCAGCCUUUGCCAAGGACAUUAUAGGCUGGAGCAGAGUGGUACGCGUCGCAGUCAUCGACUGCGCCGUUCCAAGUAAUCUGGAUGUAUGCCGUGCCAAUGGUGUUAAGCUCUACCCUGCAGUGAAGUUCCUCCGAGCAUGCGCCACAACUGAAGAUAAAGGGCGCCUGUGGGAAACGAUCAAAACUGUGGACAGUGUGCGACACCAAACAAUUGACUUCCUUGAGGGUGGCAACGCAUCAAGGUGCACUGCCCAAGUAUCUUGGCCUUCUCUUCAAGCUACAAACGCCAGCAGUUAUACAGGUCUUCGUGGGAACGCAGACCGUGCCUUACUGGUGUUGGAGAACGAAGAUUCCUACCUCGGAAGAGAGUUGAUUUUGGACUACAGCAACUCCAGUACAACAAAGGUAUUCCGCGUCCUGCCUUCCAACAUGGCUCUGUCUUCAGAACUCCAAGCAUUAGGCACACCCGGUGAAUACGCCACACUUUACGUCAUCAGUGAACCUUCAGGAACGCCAGAGAUUCUAUCCAGAGCCUCGACUGCGGAAGGAGCUCGAGAACUUUUCCAGGCUGCCCUGUACCAGGAGCAGACAACUACGGAAUCGUCGCAAGACAUCAAAACGACCACUCUCCGCCCUCUUGCAGACCCAUCAAAGGUGUAUCAAGCUGACCUCGACAAUGCACUGUACCUCGCAUUGACUCAUGAAGUUCCAGUUCACACGACACUGAACGAAACCCAGUUAGGUGCCCUAAGAGACUUCGUUGAUGCACUUGUUGACUACUACCCCGGAAGCCCAUCGGUUCGGCUAUCCCUGGGAAAGCUACGAAUCUACGUGUGGAAUGCCCAGCCUGGGACUCGAGGCCAAGAUUUAUCGGACUUCCUUGGAAAACUGUCGAUUGAUGGUCAAGGACUUCCACCGCUGCGAGAAUACGUCGGAUGUCGAGGAAGCCAACCUCAGUACCGUGGCUUUCCAUGCUCUCUCUGGAUGCUCUUCCACACUCUCACUGUGCGUGCCUACGAGGGUUACAGGGAAGGGCAAACCAAAGAUCCUCUUGAUGUUCUACGUUCGAUCAAGGGCUUCGUGCUUAACUACUUCUCAUGCCGGGAGUGUGCGAGGAACUUUGUGAAGGAGUCGAGAAGCAUGGAGGAGGAAAUUAACGACCCGGAGGACGCCGUAUUCUAUCUGUGGUCCGUCCACAACCGGGUGAACGCCCGCCUUUCAGGAGACAAGACAGAAGAUCCUCAGAGGCCAAAGGCGGCUUUUCCACCUGCGUUCAUUUGUCCUACAUGUAGGAAACGGGGCCGGUGGGACCAGGAACCGGUCCUGGACUUUCUUCUCGCUUUCUAUGGCCAAGAGAACCUGGUACAAACAACCACGUAGGGCCCAAUCGAGUUUACAGACAACAUCGUAAGCCUGGUCAACGCUAUUCAUAUGCUAAACACCACCAGUUAUUCGUUUUACGCCUUUAUCUAUCAACCACAUACGCGCUUACAGGCUGGAACCAGGGUGGCAUUCCAAGACAGCGGAAUAAAGAGUGGAUUGUGGA